AUGAUAAGCAGCAGGGUACGCAAUGACAAUGCUACAGGCUUCGGACAUGGCUUGAUUCUGGACAGAAUUCAAGGUCCACCUGAGCUACAACUGUACAGGGAGGAGAUGGAGCUGCUCAAACAGCAAAAAGCACUCAGUGAACAACCACCAUCACUUCUUCUUCAACACCCACAACAACAACAGCAGCAACAUGAUGAACAACCACCGCAGCAACCACUGCAGCAACCACAACAGCAACAUCAACACCAAGAGCCUAACUGGUCCACAAAUGAUGUGCCCAGAGAACAUCAAGGUGCACCAGUGACUCAACUCGGGGAUGACAAAGAUUUGCCAGAGCAACAGGCAGACCCCAGUGAGAAAGCAAAAGUCCCUUCUACAAUUGAGGAAUUCCAUGCUGAAUUCACUAAAACCACUACUGAACUCAGUAGUGUCAUGAACAAGUUCAACGACUUAUUGUCGUUGUCCAGAAAGUUCUUUGACACUACUAUUGAUGUCAAAAAAAGUCUGCCAUUCAAUAUGGCAAAAAUGUGGUCAACAUGCUCUGUAACUGAAAUUCCAGUUACUUUUGAGAAGGGCAACUCUAUAGAAGAGCGUCAAGGUAAAGAAUUUUUCAGCUCAGACUACUUCACAAUACUAUUUGAGGAAGCAGUACGAAAGGCAACAGAAGGAAAUGAAAGAAAGGAAAUCGAGGAAUCUGAGGAUGUUCCAUUUGAUUUGCCACCAUUUUUAACACCUCCGAUCAUGCCUUCCCAGCCUAAUGUAUUUGCUGAUUUGACAUUGAAGCUUGGAAUGGUUUCCGAUUCAAAUCCUCCUCCUCAGGCACACGACUUUGAAGAGGAAAUGAGAUUAGAAGCAAUCUUGGCAAACAAAACUUUGACUGAACGUGAUUUGGAGACAAUUUCAGGGGACAACAAAGAUGAAGCUGAAAAACAACAGCCACCUACAGAAAAAACUGAGUAUGCGUUCUUUUAA